AUGUGGGAAGAGCUUCAGCCAGAGCUUCAGCCUGCGGAAUCACCAGAAGAUCCACAUGAGAGAACACCCUAUGAGUGUGGGGAAUGUGGGAAGAGCUUCAACCGGGGCUCCAACCUGAUGAAACACCAGAGGAUCCACACUGGGGAACGGCCCUAUGAGUGUGGGAAAUGUGGGAAGAGCUUCAGAAGUAUCUCUGACCUGAUGAGACACCAGGUGAUCCACACAGGGGAACGGCCCUACACCUGCUUGGAAUGUGGGAAGAGCUUUGGGUGGAGCUCCAGUCUGAGGGCACACCAGCUCAUCCACACUGGGGAGAGGCCCUACGAGUGUCCCCAGUGUGGGAAGAGGUUUCAGACCAGCUCCACUGUCCUCCUACAUGAGCGGAUUCACACAGAGGAGAGGCCCUUCCGCUGCCCCGACUGCGGGAAGGGCUUCAAGCACAACUCCAACCUCAUCAGGCACCGGCGCAUCCACACUGGGGAGAGGCCCUACGAGUGUCCCCAGUGUGGGAAGAGCUUCUCACAGAGCUCUCACUUGACCCAACACCAACGGAGGCACCAGUAAGGGAAGCCCUGCGAGUGCCCCGAGUGCGGGAAGAGCUUCGUGCGCUGCUCCAGCUCCAUCCCCCAUGGGAGGAUGGGCGUUGGAUGAUCCCCAGUGACCCCCGUUGGGCAGAGCCCUGGUGAUCCGUGGUCCUGGUGAUCCGUGUUGGGAAGACACCUGGCUGGGAGGCUCCACAUCUUCCUGGCUCCCUGUGGGCACCUGGAUGAAAGCAGGGGAAUGAAAAUUCAACAGGAUACAGAAUGACAAUGGGAAUUGUUGACUUUCAAUCCUUGGAACCUUUUGCCUCAGGAGCUGUGUGGGCAGAGAAAAGGGGGUGACACCGGGCUCGGGGGCCCAGAGGGGAGCACAAACGCUCUGGGUGAGGGAGACACGACCCCAGAACCCUCCCUCACCUUCCUGCGCAGGCAGAAGCCGAGCCCCAGUGCCAAGAAGACGAAGCCCAACACUGAGACUCCAAUCCCCGUCAGCAUCUUGCUGUGGGCAGUGUUUCAUGGCAUCCCUGGGGCAUCUGCAGAGGUCAGGACCCCCAAAACCUCUCACAGACACCCCAAGCCCCUCCAAGGACCCUCCCAGUCUCUCCCAGCCGACCCAAGACCCUCUGAAACCUCCUUUGGAGUCACUAAUUUUAAACAAUUAAGAAUUUUAGAAAAAUUAGGGAUCUUGGCUAGAGAUAGGCCUUGCUGGAACUAGUUCAGAGUUAAUGAUG